AUGGCAAACUGGACAACACAAUUACAACUUAAAACCCUCACAGCUACAAUACAAACUAUACCGAUCAAAAUACAACGAGGCAUAUUCCAAGGAGACGCCCUCAGCCCACUCUGGUUCUGUUUGGCUCUAAAUCCUCUCUCAAAUAUGCUUAACUCUUCUUCAGUAGGAUACCCUUUAAACUAUAAAGAAACUGAUGAUCAGUCUUCAAAUAUGAAUAAAAAUGUAUUAAACCAUUUAUUGUAUAUGGAUGAUAUAAAGUUAUAUGCCGAAACCGAAAACCAACUGAACCAAUUAACGAAAAUAGUAGAACAAUUUACAAAUGACAUAAAAAUGGAGUUUGGAUUAGAGAAAUGUAAAAUAAAUUCCAUUAGGGCAGGAAGUCAACACCCAUAUAACAACACAUUAGAAUCAGGAGAACAAAUAACAUCACUUAGCGAACAAGAAGUAUAUAAAUAUUUAGGUUACAACCAAGCACUUUUUAUAAACCAUAAAGAAAUAAAACUAAAACUACAGCAACAAUUCCGACACAGACUGAAUGCGGUAUUAAAAACCCAACUUAAUUCCAGAAAUAUGAUUAAAGCGAUAAACACGUAUGCUAUACCCAUACUGACUUAUUCUUUCGGCAUAAUAAACUGGACCAAAUCAGACCUAAAAUCAUUACAGCGCACAAUCAACAUAAAUAUGACAAAACAUCGUAAACACCACCCUAGAUCUUGCAUACAAAGAUUAACUCUACCUAGAAAAGAAGGAGGCAGGGGUUUGAUUGAUAUCGUAAACUUACACAACACACAAAUUUCAAGUUUAAGACAAUAUUUCUUCAGCAAAAUGGAAUCAUCAGCGCUUCACAAAUCCAUAGUACAAAAUGACAAUAAAUUGACACCUUUAAAUUUAAAAGAUGGAAGUACACAGACAAAUGAGACGCUCGUCAACAAUCAAACUAAACUGACGGCGUGGUCUGAAAAGUCCUUACAUGGGAGACACCGACACGACUUAUGUCAAUCUAAUGUCGAUAAAGAAGCAUCGAACGCAUGGCUAAGUCGAGGAAUUUUAUACCCAGAGACUGAAGGUUUUAUCAUAGCUAUACAGGAUCAAGUCAUUGAGACCAGAAACUAUCAGAAAUAUAUUACAAAAACACUCACCUCUGAUACAUGUAGAAAAUGCAAUAGCUCUCCAGAAACAAUUCAACACAUUACAGGCUCAUGCAAGGCAAUAGUACAGACAGACUACAAGCACAGACACGAUCAAGUAGCUAAUAUUAUUCACCAAAACCUAGCACACAAGUACAAUCUAAUACAAAACACACAUACUCCAUAUUACAAAUACACUCCACAAACUGUGUUAGAAAGCGCGACAUAUAAGCUAUAUUUUGACCGAGCCAUACUCACUGAUAAGACCAUACAUUACAAUAGACCAGACAUAAUCUUACAAAAUAAAACGAAUAAAAUAACUUACCUAAUAGAUAUCGCCGUCCCCAAUACACAUAACAUCCAGAAGACAAUAGCGGAAAAAAUAAGUAAAUACACAGAACUGAAAGACGAAAUAACAAGACUUUGGAAACAAGAAAAAGUUUAUGUGAUACCUAUUGUCCUCUCAACCACAGGAGUUAUACCCAAACAUUUACACCAUAGCCUGAAAGAAAUAGACCUGCGUAAAACACUAUAUACAACACUACAAAAAGCUGUAUCGUGCCUUUUGGCUUUGGCGGGAGAGGCGUUCGCGAACCCACCCGCAACUUUGUCGUAUGUGCCUAUUUCCACCAUCGAUAAAGUUUCGGACCCCAGCUAUCGAUUUAACUACGCCGUGAACGAUCCAACGACUGGCGACAACAAAGGACAGUGGGAGGCGCGCACCGGCGACGUCGUACACGGCGGGUACUCGCUGGUCGAGCCCGAUGGCAACGUGCGCGUAGUGGAAUACACCGCUGACCCACUGAGGGGCUUCAACGCCGUCGUCAAGAGAACCGGCCCCAACAUUCAUUCGGUCGCGUUGCCAGUCGCUGCGCCCAUAACUCCUGUAAUCACGAAACCUAUUGCAUCGGGACCGAUCGUUGCGCCUGCGCCGAUAGUUGCGUCUGCGCCAAUCGUUGCGCCUGCGCCGAUACUUCACGAGACGAUCACUCCUAUCGUUCACGCACCGGUAGUGAGCCCCAUAAUUGAAACGGCACCGCUCAUCACCCCAAUAGAUGUGCUUCCUCUGUUGCACUUGCCAGCACCCUCCCCGUGGGUCUCGAUUUCAGGCACCAAAUACGGGGCAAAGGGCAACAUCGUCCGUCGGUGGGCCGCUGGACCCAUCUCUUUGGACGGCAAAACAUUAACUAUUAGGACGAAGCACUGAAUAUAGCUUCUUAUUAUUAGAAUAUGUAACAAUUUGGUUACUCACGACACUAGUGCGUUCUUGCAUUUUCCGUUUAUGACGAGUUUCAUGCAAAAAUGCACUUAGGUCUAUAAUAAGAGUAGUGAUACGGCAUAUACCCGCGAGCAACGAA